AUGAAGGUAAUGAGCAUCUUUCUUCUUAGUGCCUUGGCCCUGUUGAGCUUAUCUGGUGCCACUAGAGCUGGCUUGGUGGGAAGAGAGGCUAAAUGUAACACUGAAACGACUGCAUGUACCAAGAUCUAUAAUCCUGUCUGUGGGACUGAUGGAGAAACUUAUUCUAAUGAAUGUGUGUUAUGUGUUCAAAAUAAGAAGCGCCAGAUCCCUAUCCUCAUUCAAAAAUCUGGACCUUGCUGAGAACCAAGGUUCUAAAAUCUCCUGUGGUCCCCACAAUGCCUAGCGGACCUAUCUGUUGAAUAA